CGAGGGUCCGGGAGUGUCGGGCGGAGGAGGUGGGAACUCUAGCGCUCCGGGAUUCUGGAAGGCGGGCUGGGAGGAGGGGCGCCGCCUGUGGCCGGAGCGGCAGGAGAGCGCUAGAGGGAACAGAGGGAACCUGUGUAGUCAGAGGGGCGAAUCCGCCCCCGGGAAGGGAGGGAGCCCUGCCUGGCCCGCGCCGGCCUCCGCUCCCUUCCCCCCGCCCCACCCCACCCCGGAGAGAGAGAGGCUCUUUGUCCGGGCUGGGCUGCAGCUGGGGGGGCGGGGAGACUCCGGGCCCUUCUCCAGUGUAGUCCCCUCUGGAGGGCCGAGUGGAUGAGGAAUUGCACCCUAAUCCUUAACGUCCGCUGUCCCCGCAGGUGGUGGGCAGUGGUGGUGCUGGCUGCGCUCCCCUCCCUGGGGGCAGGUGGGGAAACUCCCGAAGUCCCUCCAGAGUCAUGGUCGCAGCUAUGGUUCUUCCGGUUUUUGGUGAAUGCUGCUGGCUAUGCCAGCUUUAUGGUACCCGGCUACCUGAUGGUGCAAUACUUCAGGCGGAAGAACUACCUGGAGACAGGCAGGGGUCUCUGCUUCCCCCUGGUGAAAACUUGUGUGUUUGGCAAUGAGCCCAAGUCCUCUGACGAGGUUCCUCUGGCUUCCCGGACGGAGCCGGCAGAGACCACUCCCACUUGGCAAGCCCUGAAGCUGCUCUUCUGCGCUGCGGGGCUCCAGGUGUCCUACCUGACUUGGGGAGUGCUGCAGGAAAGAGUGAUGACCCGCAGCUAUGGGGCUACUGCCACGUCGCCAGGUGAGCGCUUCACAGACUCUCAGUUCCUGGUGCUCAUGAACCGAGUUCUGGCACUGAUCGUGGCCGGCCUCUACUGCAUCCUCUGCAAGCAGCCCCGCCACGGGGCACCCAUGUACCGGUACUCCUUUGCCAGCCUGUCCAAUGUGCUUAGCAGCUGGUGUCAGUAUGAAGCUCUCAAGUUUGUCAGCUUCCCCACCCAGGUGCUGGCCAAGGCCUCGAAGGUGAUCCCCGUCAUGCUGAUGGGCAAGUUGGUGUCUCGGCGCAGCUAUGAACACUGGGAGUACCUGACAGCUGGCCUCAUCUCCAUCGGGGUCAGCAUGUUUCUGCUUUCCAGUGGCCCCGAGCCCCGCAGCUCCCCAGCCACCACGCUGUCAGGCCUCAUCCUGCUGGCAGGCUACAUCGCCUUUGACAGCUUCACCUCGAACUGGCAGGACGCCCUGUUUGCCUAUAAGAUGUCUUCGGUGCAGAUGAUGUUUGGGGUCAACCUCUUCUCCUGCCUCUUCACGGUGGGCUCCCUGCUGGAGCAGGGGGCCCUCCUGGAGGGAACCCGCUUCAUGGGGCGACACAGUGAAUUUGCUGCGCAUGCCCUGCUGCUCUCUGUUUGCUCCGCGUGUGGCCAGCUCUUCAUCUUCUACACCAUCGGGCAGUUUGGCGCUGCCAUCUUCACCAUUAUCAUGACCCUCCGCCAGGCCUUUGCCAUCCUCCUCUCCUGCCUCCUCUAUGGCCACACUGUCACUGUGGUGGGGGGUCUGGGGGUGGCUGUGGUCUUUGCUGCCCUCCUGCUCAGAAUCUAUGCCCGGGGCCGUCUAAAGCAACGGGGAAAGAAGGCUGUGCCUGUCGAGUCUCCUGUGCAGAAAGUUUGAGGGGCCCGAGGCAUGAAGCGGAACAGACCCUCACUGUACCAAUUUUCCUCUCCUACUGUAACUUCUGAGGUGGUUGGCUCGAAGGCAGAACGCAGGUUUUUUCUGUUAUCACAAACCAGCUCUGGAAGUUGGGGCUGAGUCCAAGAGGCAGCCUCCCCCUUUGCCUUAAGUCACCAUUCUCUAGUAGGGAUUUUUCUGAGGACCGUCCUCUGUGUGGAGGGGUGCGGAGAAGGCAGAGGCACCUGCCAAAGCCCCCACCCUUUCUAAUUCCCUAAAGUUUUGCCCUGUGGGCUCCACCAACACCUCCUGUGCUUAUCCCCUACCCUGAGUGGCCCACCCUUGUAGAACAGCCUCCCAGAGACCUACAGUCCUUACUCUGGUGAGAAAAGCACAAGUGUUGUAGGCUCCAAGUGCUGCUUUCCCAGGAGUCUGAAAGAUGGGUGCUGUGCUGGAGGAGGGAGAUGGGAGAGUCCUGCCCAGUGACACCACCGUCUGUGUUAGUGGAUUCCUAGGCUCUGCUCCAAGAGUCAGUUGCAGGUUUUGGUACUCCAGAAAUGUAAUUUUGCUCUUAUAAUUUUAUUUUAUUAAAUUAAAUUGCUGCAAUGG